GCUUCGACCACAAAAAUUUAAUCGAUUUGAAGUGAGGAAUGUGCUGCUGCAAAAUGUGCUGCUAACUUCAACGGAGUAUGAAACUGGUGCUGUGUAUAAUAAUACUACACUAGUGGAGAAUGACAAUAAUGUAACACUAACAGAUUCAGUACCAGUACCUCUAUAUAAUAAUUGUUCAUUUAUUAUUGUUGUUAGUGAUUGCACUGGUAGUAGUGAACCACUUAACAUAUCAUUUAACACUAGUCCUACUAGUACUAUCAGUAAUACACCAUCACCUACUAUCAGUAAUCCACCUACAGCUGAUGGACCAGGUAGAUCUAUUGCUAUAAUUUUAGGAAUUGUUGCUGCUGCUGUUAUUGUUGUAAUUAUUCUUGUGAUAGUAAUACCAACCAGCAUUUACUUUCUACGUAAAAAAUGUAAACACAGUGUAAGUAAUUCCAUGUUUGUGAAGAAAAAGUGCACAUAAAUAGAUCAUGACUAUUAAUAUAUUAUUUUAAUUU